AUGGAAGACGAGAGGCACAACAUCGAAGUGGCGCUGGUGGACAAGGAACUCAUGCACAUUGUGUUUGGCUUCCUCCGCUUCACCGACCUUGCUUCCAUCUCUGCCGUCUGCAGAGCGAGCGAAGUGACGCGCGUGUUGAUUCGUGGCCGCGUCCUGUCCAUUGGCACCGUUGGCCACGCCGGCCUCGGCUACUGCCUUCUCGACCCUGCCCCCAUGCGGUGGCGCAUGAUUUCGGCCCUGGCGUCGGAGACCAUCGUGCACAUCGCCACCACGCCCGAGAAAUAUGAUCGUCACCACACACUCGCGGUCACUCGUUCAGGUGCGGUGUAUGCGUUUGGUGAUGCCACUGAUGGCAAGCUGGGUCUGGGCGAAGGCCACACCACGGGCAUCUCCUACACGCCGCAGAUCGUCUCCGCCCUGCUGAGCGAGAAGAUUAUCAAGACCAUCGGUUCCAACGACAGCGUGAAGCCGUUCAUCGUCGAUCUGUGGUGCGGCAGGGCCGUCACACUGUUGCUCGACAGUGAGGGCACGCUCUACUCCUUCGGCGUCGCCAGCAGCUUGGGUCGCGAGUCGGCCGACUCUCGGUCAGGCAGGCCGCUGCCGCUGCAGUUUCCCGCGGGCGUCAAGAUCAAGUCGGCCGCCAUGGGCUAUAACCACGGCCUUGCCAUCACCACCCAAGGUGAGGUGUACUCGUGGGGCUCGGGCGUACACGGUCGGCUGGGCCACGGCGACGAGCAAGACGCCAACGCGCCCAGGCUGAUCAGCGCGCUGGCGUCGGCCAAGGCGACGCAGGUGGCGUGCGGGCCGGAGCACUCGCUGGUGCUCACAGAGGACAACACCCUCUAUACCUUCGGCCGCGUGGUUAAAGGGCAGCUGGGAUAUGUCGAGGGCGCCGUGGAGAGCGUGCCGUGGGUGGUCGAGGACGUGGCUGGCCUGGGCGUCAUCAGUGCCAUCUCUGCGGCUGCCGGGCAAUCGGCCGUGCUGUUCGAGAGUGGGCGCGUGAUGGGUCUCGGCUGCGGUGAGCUCAAAAAAGAGAAUUGGCUGGUGCCGGCGCAGCUGGUUGCCGGCGAGGACAGUGUCUUCCUGGUCUGCUGA